AUGCUGCCCGGUGGCGGCGCGGUCCUCGUCGCAAUCUCAGCGGCGCUGCAGCCGCGCGAGGACCUCGCGGCAAUUGCGACGGCCUUCGAGUCGAUCGGCUUGCAGCUGCUGCAGAACGCUUCGUCCUUGCCGUACUUGGAAGCCAAGAGCACGUGGCGCCGUGUCUACGCAGCGUACCGUGACGGCUUGGACGAAAGCGACAAGUUCUUAGAGACGGCGUUCUACGGCCGCCGGCUGCGGCUCCUCCAAGACCAUCGCGUACGCUUCGAUAGCUACAAUAGCACAAAAGACGCGCUCCGGGCCGCCACGCGACUCGUGACGUUGACGGCCAUGCUCGGGCCGGCCGUCAUCAACGUCCCGUAA